UAUAUAUUCAGGUAAGAAAGUGCAAAAUGAUCAGGAAGAUAAAAUUUUAGGUAAGAAAGUGGCAAAAUGCUCAGUAAAUAAGAGAAAAUGAAAGGAAGAAGAAGAAGAAGAAAAAAAUUUUAAAUUAAAAAAAAAAAAACCAGGCUACCGGUUUAACAGGUAGAUGGAACUCUUCCAAAACCUCCAGACUCUCGUGCAACCGAUCAAACCGCAUCUUCCCUCCAAAUAGACGGAGGAAUCGCCCCCAAAAAAAUCCCUAAGCCCAAAACAAAAUGUUCUUCUUCUUCGCCGGAGGGUUAGAGCAACAAGUUCGCCAGCUCCUGAAAUCCGGCGCCGGCCGCUGCAUUAUUUGCAACUCGCCGGCCGAUCUCGUGGACUACGAGAAAGUUCUGAAGCUCUUCUUUUUUCCGGUGUGGCGGUGGCCCGGAAAAGAACCACUCAUGCACUGCAACAACUGCAAGCUUUUUUUCCCUCAGUCGUGCUCCCCGCCGCCAAUGUCCGAUCAAUUGCCGCCGACGCCUGCCGCCCUCUCGAAGGACCUUCGUUGCCGUUCCUGUAACCGAUUAGUGGAGCCCCACUUCAGCUUCUGCCCUUUCUGUGGCUCUUCUCUGUAAAUUUCAAAACCUUGAAUUCUCAAUAAGACCCUACAAACUUAUGUCCUUUUGCAAUUUACACGUCGUUUCUAGUUCAAAAAUGGCGUCUGAUUCUCUUAAUUGUUCUUGAAAUCUGCUUCUUUUGGAUGAUAACUUGCUUGAAUCAAUGGAGGAAUCGAAGAUUGGAGAAUGAAAAUCUUUAUUAUUUCGCAUA